AUGGUGGUCAGUGCAGAUGAAGUGGAUGUUAAGGCGGCUGCCACUCUACUGCAUCAGUGCCGCAAAGCCCAUCAGGAUUUGCUGAAGUGUGCAAGGGAUGAGGAGGCGCUACUCUCCCGGCUGUCCUUCCACAUGCGCAACCUAAAUCCAGCAGCAGAAGCCAGCCCAAUCUCUAAAGGAGUCGAGGGCGAGAAGCUUGCCGUGAAAGCGGAUAUGCUGCAAAUUCCGCGGCAUUUGGAUGAAAGGACGGCAGAACUACCAGAAGUUGAGUCACGAGCCUCACACGGUUCAAGUGAAUCUCGAAAACGCACAGCUCUUCGCGAGUUGAAAGGCUUGGAAAAGUUUCCAUCUGAGAGCGUGCAGCCACAGUAUGCCAUUGUCGGUAUUGACGGGACCGGACGGCCUGUCGUCCGCAACGGCUUGAUCAACAUGUUAAGGUCAAAUUUCUCCUCUUCCAAGAGCGAGUACAGAUGGUGGUGUUCAGGCAGGUUGGCUCAGUAUUUUCUCUCAGUGGCAGUGUUUCUCGAUGCAAUGUGGUCUCUAGAAGAGCCGGAACGCAAAGGUUGCCUGAAGAAAAUCGUUUGCAGCACGACCUUUGGCAUGGUGUCCACUGCUGUGAUACUGCUGAAUGCCGCCUUCAUCUUCUACACCACAGACCUUGAGAUGCGCAGCAUCGAGAAUGCCAUGGGCAUGGGUGACGACAGCAUCAGGAUCAUCGAGCUAGCCUUAGCUUCUGUGUAUGUGGUGGAAGUGAUCCUGAGGCUGAUGGUGCACAGGCUCUUCUAUUUCUGGAACGCUGAAAUGGCUUGGAAUUGGUUCGAUUUCCUCCUUGUCGUGUUCUCCGUGUUUGAGAACCUCCUUGUCUUCGGCUUGCUUCCAGGGCAGAAUACCUCUGCAGACGCAGGCCCCACUGUCAAUUUGGCAUUCUUGCGCCUCAUUCGCCUCUGCAAGAUUGUGAAAAUAUUGCGUGUUUUCCGGACAUUGAAGUUCUUUAGCGAGCUACGCCUGAUGUUGGACUGUGUGCUUGGAUCACUCAUGAAUGUAAUGUGGUGCGUGAUUCUGCUUGUCUUCGUGAUGUACGUAUUUGGCCUGCUACUACAACAAGGAAUUGUUCAGUUCCUGAUGGAAGAAGGGAAGAACGUGGACCAAGCCGACUACGAUUUCAUCAUUGAAUACUUCGGCAGUGUUUUUCAGACGGUCGUCACUCUCUUCCAGUCGUCCACUUCCGGAGUGGAUUGGAAUGAGCCGUACAAGGCUUUGAGGUUGACGGGGGAUGUCAUGCCAGUCGCAUUCUUGGUCUAUGUUGCGUUUGUCUUCAUCUCAGUGUGGAACAUUGUGACAAGUACCUUCGUGGAAAAAGCCCUGAAGUUGGCACAGCCUGAUGUGGAUAUGCUUAUCCUGGAGCAGCAGCUGCAAGAUUUCGAGGAUUGCAAAAUGCUGGCCAGGCUCUUCAAGAAUAUGGGUCCAAAAGAUGAUGAUGGCAGCGGGCGCAUUGGAAUAGCAGAGUUUCGCCGCCUUGUCGAAACCUACGAGUUCAGAUCCUACCUACAAACCAAGGGUAUCGACAUCAAGAAUGCGGAGACGUUCUUCAAAAUGCUUGUGGAGCUGCAAGGAGAAAACACAUUAGAUGCGGGCACAUUUGCAAAUGCGUGUGUGCGUAUGAAGGGAGCUGCCACCAGCAUUGAUUUGCAGACCGUGAUGUUCACUACACACCUCAUGAACAAAGAGCAGCGAAAGUUCUUCCAGUCUGUGCACGGCCGCCUUUCCAACAUUGAAUCAAUCCUUCUCGACGAGCCUAUCAUGAGCCACUGCCCGGGUGACCUGCUUCUGAAGGGUGAUGUGUGCACGCCAGUGCGUGAGGAAACCUCUUCAUGGUGCCGCUUAUGA